CACACAUAGUUUCACGUUGAGCGAAGACCUGGUGAGAAAGCUGUGGAGAAAACUAUUCUGGAUCAGUAACGUCUUUGCUUGUAAGGAACUAAGGGAAGACGUAAACAACAAAAGAGCGACGCUACGAGCUCUCCUCUGCUUUACUUUUGCACCUACGAGUCAAAAUCUGUGAUGAACUGCAAUAUUUAAUUUCAAGAUUGGAAUUAUCGCCUUGGCAAGGAAUUUCGAGUUCAUUCCCAAAUCUCAGUUCGGGGACCCUCUUCCCCUCGCGCUCUCGCUCUGCUGGGGAUUAAACAAUUUCUUUGUUUUUGUGUGUUGCGUCUCCAGAAUCACACGCCGUGACUGAUGCGCAGAACUAAAGUCAAAACGCCUUGAAAGAAGAAAUAAGUUCUCUCGGAGACGCGCGUCUCGCACUGACUUCCAAAGAGCCAGCAGUUAACGAAGCAAAGGGCGUAACUGAGAGAAGGGGACACUUGAUUUUUUUUUAAAAUUCUGAGUCGAGCUGGGACAAACCGCAGUUGCCCAGACUCUACGACUUCUCUCUACUUUUUUGCUAGAAAAUAACCAAAAUGGGACGCCGGCCUCUUUUAAUAGCUGUCGUCCUGAGUGUCUUAAUAUGCCAGGGCUUGUGCUCUGGUGUCUUUGAGCUGCGGUUGCAGGAGUUUCUGAACAAGAAAGGUGCGAUGGGGAACAUGAACUGUUGCAAAGGAGGGUCGAGCUCGGGGUUUCUGCAGUGUGAAUGCAAAACGUUUUUCCGAAUCUGCCUGAAGCACUACCAGGCAAACGUCUCGCCGGAGCCUCCCUGCACCUACGGCAGCACCGUGACGCCUGUCCUGGGCUCCAACUCCUUCCAGGUCCCGGAGACCACUUCGGACAACUCAUUCACCAACCCAAUCAGAUUCUCCUUCGGCUUCACAUGGCCUGGAACUUUCUCGCUGAUUAUCGAAGCUCUACACACGGACUCUCCAGAUGAUCUCUCAACAGAAAACCCCGAUCGCCUGAUCAGUCGCAUGGCUACCCAGAGACAUCUCACGGUGGGAGAGGAGUGGUCUCAGGAUUUACAUACCGGUGGAAGGACCGAACUCGUCUACUCCUACCGCUUCGUUUGCGAUGAACACUACUACGGGGAGGGCUGCUCUGUGUUCUGCCGCCCGAGGGACGACACUUUCGGUCAUUUCACCUGUGGGGAGCGCGGCGAGAAAGUCUGCAACUCCGGCUGGAAGGGACAAUACUGCACGGAACCAAUCUGCCUGCCAGGGUGCGACGAUCAGCAUGGGGAUUGCGACAAGCCGGGAGAAUGCAAGUGCAGAGUGGGGUUCCGGGGCCGGUACUGUGACGAGUGUAUCCGGUACCCCGGCUGCCUGCACGGGACCUGCCAGCAGCCCUGGCAGUGCAAUUGUCAGGAAGGCUGGGGUGGCCUGUUCUGUAACCAAGAUCUUAAUUACUGCACCCACCACAAGCCCUGCAUGAAUGGAGCCACUUGUACCAACACUGGCCAGGGGAGCUACACCUGCUCCUGCAAGCCAGGCUUCACUGGUGCCAGCUGUGAGAUUGAGGUCAAUGAGUGUGAUGCCAACCCCUGCAGGAAUGGAGGAAGCUGCACUGAUCUGGAGAACGCCUACAGCUGCACGUGUCCCCCUGGCUUCUACGGCAAUCACUGCGAGCUGAGCGCCAUGACGUGCGCCGACGGGCCCUGCUUCAACGGCGGACGGUGCGCCGACAACCCCGAGGGGGGUUAUUUCUGCCAGUGCCCGAUGGGCUACGCCGGCUUCAACUGCGAGAAGAAGAUCGAUCACUGCAGCUCUAACCCCUGUGCAAACGGCGCUCAGUGCCUGGACCUGGGGAACGCGUACCUGUGCCAGUGCCUGGAGGGCUUCACGGGGCCGCACUGUGACGACAACAUCGACGAGUGCGCCGCCUUCCCCUGCCUGCACGGCGGGACGUGUCAAGACGGCGUGAACGACUACACCUGCACCUGCCCCCCCGGCUACGUGGGGAAGAACUGCAGCUCGCCCGUCAGCCGGUGCGAGCACAACCCCUGCCACAACGGAGCCACGUGCCACGAGCGGAACAGCCGCUACGUCUGCGCCUGCGUGCCGGGCUACGGCGGCCUCAACUGCCAGUUCCUGCUGCCCGAGCAGCCCAAGGGCCACCCGGUCGUCGACAGCCCCAACAACAAGCGCUACACCGACGACGGCGAGGGCGACUUCCCCUGGACGGCCGUCUGCUCCGGGAUUAUCCUGGUCCUGGUACUGCUGCUGGCCUGCGCCGUCCUGGUGGUCUGCUUCCGGGUGAAAUUCCAAAGGAGGAGCCAGGGGCCGGAGACGAGCCCCGGCGAGGGCGAGACCAUGAACAACCUGACCAGCUGCCAGAGGGAAAAGGACAUUUCGGUCAGCGUGAUCGGGGCCACCCAGAUCAAGAACACCAACAAGAAAGUGGACUUCCUCUGCGACGGUGGCAGGGAAAAGACGGGCUACAAAGCCCGGUACCCGACAGUGGAUUACAACCUGGUGCACGAGCUGAAGCACGAGGACUUGGGGAAAGAGGAACCGGAGAGGGGCGAAGCCAAGGGCGACGUUCCGGACUCGGACUCGGAGGGCAAAAACGCGACACACUUGAAGAGCGAUUCUUCAGAAAGAAAGCGCCCAGAGUCUGUGUACUCCAUGUCGAAGGACACAAAGUAUCAGUCCGUCUAUGUCAUAUCGGAAGAGAAGGAUGAAUGCAUUAUUGCAACCGAGGUGUGAAGCGCCCACCAGGAAGCUCUCACUCAUUUGUCUCUUCUCUGAGGAGGUGUAACUCUGUCAUAUGCUGCUCAAGCCCAGAGGGAAGGUUUCCUUCAAUGUGACCUGCUGCUGUGGAACUACAAAGUUAAAACUGAUAUUCAGAAUGAGCUGGUUCUCUACUGAAGUAAGCGCAGUGACUGCAGAAAACAGUGGCUGUUGGGCCAUAGUGGUCUGCUCUCUCAAGGGUAUAUCCCAGGAACGUGCUAAACAAUGUCUGUUACACUGUCUCUGAGGACUUUUUUUCCUCAUUGCACUAUGGACAGUUGCUGUUUAAAUUAUAUUAUACUGAACACAAACUGACUUGAUCACUGUUUUUUUUUGUUAAAAAAAAAAAGUCUGCACUGACAAGCAGUGUGCAUUUCAAAGUCCUCUGAGCCAUUCCGGUGUAUUUUGGUUUAGAGUGGAAAACACUGUUCAGAAAUCUUAUUUUUUAAUAAAAAUACUGUCAGAAUGUUGCUGGGUUUUUUUUAAAGCUGUAUCUUUUA